GUUCUCAAAAGAUUCGCCCAGUUUCAUCGAAGUCGCUCGAAUCUUCCAAUUGUCCUUUAUAGCAUUCCUCAUACCAUUUUCACCUGGCUGAUCUGCAUUUCUAGGGUUAUUGUCUCUCACUAAAUUACAUUAUGAGUCGACAUCCUGAGGUGAAGUGGGCGGAAAGGGAGGAUUUGGUAUAUCUUACGGUGCUACUGCCUGAUGCUAAAAAUCCCAAGGUCAAUCUUGAUCCAGAGGGAGUUUUUACAUUCUCUGCUACAGCUGGAAUGGACAACAUUUUGUAUGAACUGAAGCUAAAUCUUCAUGAUAAAGUUAAUGUAGAGGAGAGCAAAAUAAACAUAGGUGUGAGAAAUAUAUUUUGCGUCUUGGAGAAAGCAGAGAAGAAAUGGUGGACGAAAUUAUUGCGGGGAGAUGAGAAGGUACCUCACUAUGUGAAAGUGGACUGGGAUAAAUGGGUGGAUGCAGAUGAUGAAGCUGGUCCUGCUGAUUUUGAUAUGGGUGGAAUGGAUUUCUCGAAAUUCGGUGACAUGGGUGGCAUAGGAGAUGAUGCUAUGGGGGAUGACCUCGAGGAUAGUGAUGAUGAAGAGCUGGAAGUUGAAAAGCCCGAAGAGAAGACUGCUGACGAAACAGAAGGUGAAUCUUCUGGCCUCAAAACAGAAUCGACCCAGAGUGCUUAAUUGUGUAUUUCAACCGUGGUGCUUUAGAUGGAAGUGGUAUUUCUGGUGAUUAACAGAGCAUGUAUUUGCUUGUGAAAUGAAUGGGUCAUUUUACUUGGAUUAUGUACUGGAAGCUUUGUUUUUUCGUGUCGAGAUUGAAUACUAUUGAGACUCAUCUCUGUGGUUCUUGUGAUAAGUUUAUUGGGAUUUGAAACGCCGGUUUCUUGUU